ACGUCGGCCGCCGUACAUAGCAAUUGCUGAUGCCAUAGUUCAGCCAUUGGGAAGUCAACAUGGCAACCAAAGGAGCAAAACAGAGAAUUCCAGGUAGAAAAGGUGGAUGUGACCAGGAGGAAGAAGAACCUCAGCUGCAUGCCGUUUUAGUAGCUGAUAGUUUCAACCGGAAAUUUUUCCCAGUUACUAAAGACCAACCGCGGACUUUGCUGCCCCUGGGUAAUGUUGCCAUGAUUGACUACACGUUGGAGUUCCUCACGUCAACGGGAGUCCAGGAAACGUUUGUGUUUUGCUGCUGGAUGGCUAGCCAGGUCAAAGAACACUUACUGAAGUCAAAAUGGUGCCGGCCAACCUCUCCAAACACAGUCCACAUCAUCACAUCAGAGUUGUACAGGUCCCUGGGAGAUGUUCUCAGGGAUGUUGAUGCUAAGUCUCUUAUACGCUCAGACUUUUUGCUGGUCUAUGGAGAUGUGGUGUCAAAUAUUGAUAUCAGCCAGGCACUACUGGAGCACAGGCAACGGCGAAAGAUUGACAAGAACAUCUCAGUGAUGACGAUGCUCUUCAAAGAAUCGUCGCCGGGUCACAGGUCUCGCUGCGAGGAAGAUGAUCUCAUCGUAGCAUUGGAUAGCAAGAGUCAACGAGUUCUACACUACCACAAAACACACGGAUUGAAGAAGCUGCAUUUCCCCAUGAACAUUUUCCACAGCGGAAGUGAUGAUUUCGAAAUAAGGCACGACCUCCUCGACUGCCACAUCAGCAUCUGCUCACCACAGGUCGCUGAGCUCUUCACGGACAAUUUUGAUUACCAAACGAGGAAUGACUUUGUCAGGGGGAUUUUGGUCAAUGAAGAGAUCCUGGGGAAUCAGAUACACAUGCACGUCACCAAAGAUGGAUACGGCGCCCGAGUGUCCAACUUGCUGAUGUACGACUCUGUGUCGUCUGAUCUGGUGAGGCGGUGGGUCUACCCCCUCACCCCCGAGUCGAAUUUCACCGACCAGGAAGGAUGGAGCUGCACGUACUCCCGCCACAAUGUCUACCGGGGGUCGGGAGUAAGCCUCGGCCACGGCAGCCAAAUGGAGGAGAACGUCCUCAUAGGCUGCGACACCAGCAUCGGCGCCAACUGUUUUAUCUCCAACAGCGUGAUCGGUAACCACUGCAUCAUAGGUGACAAUGUCAUUCUGGACCACGCCCACAUCUGGAAUCGUGUUCACAUCGCCAGCAACGUUGUCAUCAGUCAUUCUGUGGUCUGCGACAAGGCCGAGGUCAAAGAAGGCGUCCAGCUGAAUAAGCAGUGCGUCCUGGCGUACAAUGUGGUGAUUGGACCACACAUCUCCUUGCCGGAGGGCACGGUGGUGUCCAUGCAUCAUCCAGCAGAGGAGGAGGAAGAGGAUGACGAUGAGUUCCUCAGUGAUGGUGCAACAGCGGGGCAGAGCAAAGACCACACCAAACAGAAAGUUUUUAACCCAGCAGAGGUUGGAGCAGAGGGACAAGGCUACAUCUGGAAGGCCACCAGUCUGGAUGACACGGACGAUGAAGAACUGUCACACUGUCUCUGGGGUUCAACGUCGAACCCUGCCCUUGAGAGUGAGAGUGAGGACAGCGAGCCCGAUGAUCCCGAUGAUCCGGUGAUUCCCUCCCCUGAGAUGGACGACGUCAAAGUGUUCCAGAAAGAGGUGGUGGGCACCCUACAAAGAGGCUUGGAGGAAAACAUCAGCUGCGACAACCUGGUACUGGAGAUCAACUCUCUCAAGUAUGCCUACAACAUCACUCUGAAGGAGGUGAUGCAGAUACUGACUCGGGUGCUGUUGGAGAUCCCGUUCCAGCAGAAGGGCCCCCAGCUCACCGCAGCCCAAUACGUUGCUCUGCUGCUGCCGUUAUUGAAGAAAUGGUCACCAGUGUUUAAGAAUUACGUGAAGCGAUCACAGGACCAACUGGACUGUCUGUCGGCCUUUGAGGAGCACUUCCUGGAGCAGGACAGCCAUUGGGCGGCCAUGUGCAAGAUCCUGAUGACCAUGUAUCAACUGGAGAUCCUGGAGGAGGAGAUGAUCCUCCGCUGGUUUUCUCAAGGCGCCACCUCCGACAAGAGCCGACAGCUCCGGCAGAACCAGGGGCUCCAGAAGUUCAUCCAGUGGCUGGAGGAAGCCGAGGAGUCUUCAGAGGAGGACGGGGAAUAAUCGGCAUCGCAGAAGGGUCAAUCCAGAUAAAAACACUUGAGUUGCCACACACACACUCUUCUGUACACCAUUCAGUUUUAACUCUGUGUGCUGUGAAUUAAAUGAUCCUAAAACAAA